UGUGUGCGUGUGGGGGGGGGGGAGGGCAAUAUGUUAUGAAUGAGACUUGGAUACGAUAGAUCGGAAACACUUGCUGGUGUGUUAUCAAACACUACACCAUGGUGCAAGAUCGGCCAUAUAGCGUCCAUUUACAGUCGGAGCAAAUGAAACAAAUGAAACACAUCUAAAACAAAGAGAAAUGUUGAGCCUGACCAAGAAGUCGGAGAAGCCCACCACCUUCUACGCUCUCUCCUUUUGCAUACAUGUGGUGGCCUUUGUCUUGAUGGCCAUCGGGAUGUUCACCCCGUACUGGUCAGAGGUCACCGAAGAUCUGAUCAAUUCGAACUCCGUGAGUCUGAAGUAUUUCAAAGGUUUGAUCCUCAGCUGUUCAUCCAACAACGACUGUCGAGCUAACAUUAACUUCUCUGAUGGGUCCAGGGUGUUCUUCACAGCUUUUGUUCUGGGGAUCCUCGCCAUUAUAUUCGGUUUCUUUGUACUGCAGCUGUUUUGUGCUGGCGUCUUCAUCAGAAGUUGCAGAGAGGCCAACCUGGGCGUGCCUGUCGCCCUGUUGUCUAUCUCAGAAGGUGUGCUGCUCAUUCUGACUCUGGUCUUCUUUGAGAUCUCUGUGGGCAAGGACACGAUCAGUGGCUACAUUCAUAGAGAUGACACCUUCGGGUUUUCUCGAGGAUUGGUCAUCGGUUCUGUUGUCCUGUACUGGAUCUCAGCUUUCUUCAUCAUUGGGGAAUACUUCAGACGAAAGGUGAAAACACCAAAACGCAACCCUGAGAAGCCACAGAGGCGCCUUCCACCAAGAAGCUACAGAAAUGACUACGACAGAGGACGAACUCGACCCCAGGCACCAGUCGUUGUGCCGGUAGCGCCCCCACCUUACACGAAAAAGAGCAGCACAGUCUACAACACAGCGUCGGAUCCACUGAACGAUGGAAACCAGAGAGGGAUGAAUGCUUGUAACAGACCAGGGUGUCAGAUGUGUAAUUACGUGGCAGAGUCGUCCACGUUCUGGGGGCCCGCGGGGGUGUUCAACAUCAACGAGAGGCUCAGCUGCACCACCAACAAUGUGGUCUACGCCAUCAUCUGCAUGAAAGAUGAAAAGGUCUUUAUUGGUCACUCUGUCCUGAAACUGGAGGAUACAUUCCGCGUCCAUCUUGCAAACGUCAGAGCCAACAACUUAAGUGACUCAGUAGCCGAACAUUUCUCCCAGCUGGGUCACAGCAUUCAGGAUAUGAGGAUCUCCGCACUGGCCACUAUAAAUUGUGACGAAGAAAUCAGAGCUCGUCUGGAGAAGGCCCUGUCCUACAAGAUGGACCAGCCCCACAAUUCCUAUUACGGCAUCAACGAGGAUUUCCAGUUCCUGUAGAGACAAUUGCGUCAUCUUUAACGCUUGCGGUGUGUGUAUGCGUGUAGCUAAGUUUGUGUGUGUGUGUGUGUGUGCUCGCUUUUUAGGUGUUUUUUUUUUUUUUUGGCGAAAUUUCAACUCAUUUAGUUCUAAUGUAUUUUUCUCUUGCCAUCAGUAAGCUGUUUAUAAACCUCAUUUGUUUAAAUUGAAAAUAGAUUUUAUAUCAAUGUGAAACUCGAACCCAGGCAUUCUCUCAGUCAGAGAUUAUAUAGAUUAAUUUUUUUUUAAAUUGCCAUGUAAACUUUAAAAAUCUAUUUGCUAUAUCUGGACAAAUUUAAACCUUCAGCGCAAAGCGUUCGUUAUAAUGGACAUUUGGACACCCCUCUUCUCCUCCAAUUGGUGAUUUAGUGGACAGAAAAAUGGAAUUAUUAUAUUUAAUUUAGUGACAAAUGGAAAUGAUAUGUUGUUGUUUUUUGUAGUGCAAAAUACGUCCGUUUACCAGAAUCUCCACUUUCUAAGACACGCCCCCUUUUUUUUUUAAAUACACUAAAAGAUGUAAAACAAAAGAAAUACUAGGGGCAAUGUGAAUAUUCCAUUAAGAAAUUAAAUCUUGACGUAAAAUAAAUGUACACUUUGACAGACUACCAACACAAUGUUGUCUGCAGGAUUAGGCCUACUGAUCUUGACAACAAAAUCACCAAGAACACCAGUGCUACUUUAAAACUACUUCUACAACGAGUUCACGCAUUAUAAUUGUUAUUAUGUCGUAGAUAUGAUGAGAUUAUUCCGUUGCUUUUUUUUUCCUGCCGUUUCAUCCCUUUGAAUUAUGCUUUUUAUUAUUAAUUUCAUUUAUAUAUUAUAAUUUUAUGAUUUUAUUUAACUGCCAUUUCGUUAUUCACCCCCCCUUUUUUUUCGGUGAUAUAGUUGGACUUCCUUAUAGUGUUGUCUAUUCAGUUUCGUUUUACGUAUAGUGACAAAUUAUUAAUUAACAUGUGUAGAUUAAUUGACAGCUUAAGUAUAGCUUAAAUAUUUAAAUAUCUUUUAGACUUUUUUUUUUCAUAGUUAAGAUAUUUUACUUUUCUUUUUCUUUUUAAAUGUAUUUUGCCUAAAAUUAUGUUCUUAUGUCUUUACUUUUGAGGGCUUGACAGAAAAAUGUUUGUUUUUAUAAAGAGUAGACUUUAAAUUAUCACGGAAACGCUUUAAAGACCAGCUUAGGCACCAACUUGCUUUAACUGACAAAGAAGAGAGCACCUGCUUGCAUGAGGCUUUAGAACGAGACAGCUGGAGGUCACUCCCAAGGGCCGCGGGAUACACAUUGGAGACCUAAAGAAAAUCCACUGACGGCGAAUAGAAAAACUAAAUCGACCACAGGCGGACAAAGGUUAUACGCUGGAUGUGGCAAAAUGUGUGGAUCACAGCUGGGGCUGCGUAGCCACGGAAAGUAGGCCUACUGCAUUCCUCAUUAAUCUCCGGACUCGAAGACAACAAGCCUUAUUAUUUUUAUUAAUAAUCAAUUUGGGCGCUCAGAAAACACAUGUCAAAGCUCAUUUAACUAUUACUGGCCAGCAUCGUACAUAAAACUCCAGCCAUUCUUUUUUUUUUUUUUUU